UCUAGAUCGAGUAGGUAGAAGCCCAUUGAUCAACUUCACUUAGCAUUUUUGUCCAUCCUUGUCCAUGGCCACUCACCCCAAUUUCCAUGCUAGUGCAUUCGAUGGGUCCGUGCAAAACACCGAAUUUAAGUUCAGUAGCUUGUACUGGCACCACAUUUAUUCUGGACCAAGCCCAAACCAAUCAGUUUUGAUAGGUGCAGAGGCUACCACUGGGUUGGGCCAGUCAGCAGUUAACGAUUGGACGAUUUAUGGUGGGGUUGGCUCCGACGCGGAGCUAGUGGCACGCGCACAAGGAUUGCAUCUCUACGCUGGUAGUUGGCACAAUACAUUCACCCUUCGUUUCGAGAUUGAAAGGCUUAAGAAAAGCACGCUUCAGGUAAUGGGAGCAUCUGUAGAGGAUGAAGGUGAGUGGUCUAUUGUCGGCGGGACAGGUGAUCUCGCGAUGGCACGUGGUGUUGUAGCCAAAAGGCUGCAUGAGAAAACAGAUGGUGGAGACAUAGUCGAGCUUACCAUACAUGGAUUCUGUCGCAUGCAACUGCCCAUUCUCAACAAGAGGGGCCCAUGGGGUGGCAAGCAGGGUUCCGCUGUUGGUUUGGAAAAACCCUCCAAGAUUGCAAGUAUCACCAUCCAUUAUCAAGAAAUAAUUAAUUCGUUUGAAUAUAUUUACGUCGACCAAUAUGGCAACAUUGGUAACACAAAUAUUUGGGGCACUAAGAGUCCCAAUCACGCAGAGAUCGUGCUCGGCCCUGAUGAGAUAGUGACGGGAAUGUCCGGAACUGUGAUCAAACAUAAUAAUCUCGAUGUUAUACAGACACUGAUGUUUACCACCAGCAAGAAAACAUACGGACCUUAUGGAAACACCACAAAUAUACAAGGUGGUACUACUUUCAGCACCGUCGUGCCAAAUGGCCAAGCAAUUGUCGGCUUCUUCGGGCAUACUGAUAUGAAAUGCCUGAACGGAAUUGGUGUCUAUAUGGCCUAGGUUUUAUUUGAGUCAUAUGUGGUUAAUUUGGUUGUUCUUUCAAGAAGAAUAAGAUGUUUAGGGAUCUCCGGCCCCGUUCUUAUGAUUAUUGUUCCUUGUA